AUGGACGCCAACUUCAAGCGCAUCAUUGACUUCAUCCAGUCCAAAAAGAAACUCUCACAUCCUUGGAAGCGCCAGGAACGCUACGAUCAACCCUACUAUUCCUUCUCUCCGCAGCGCGCUUCAUGGCAGCAGACCUUACCGUCCAAAGCCCCCCCGACCCAGACCCAGACGACUGCGUCUCUCAGAUUCACAGUUCUCUCAUGGAACAUUGACUUUAUGCUGCCCUUCCCCGAUGAGAGAAUGCGCGCCGCCCUUAGGCAUCUAGAAUCGCAGGUCCAAUCUGCUUCUAGCCCGACUAUAAUCAUGCUGCAAGAGAUGCUGCAAUCCGAUCUCACCCUGAUUCAGGCUCAGCCGUGGGUUCGUGACAACUACUGCAUGACCGAUAUAGACAGCAAAUACUGGGAGUCUGGCCAUUACGGCACCUGUACGCUGAUCCCCAAAGCCUGGUCCAUCGCUGCGGUGUUCCGAGUCCACUACGAAGCGACUGUCAUGGAACGAGAUGGUCUAUUCGUCGAUCUCGACUUUGGCCGUGGUCUCAUUGUCCGGAAUUGCAACACGCAUCUUGAGUCAUUGGUCGCCGAUCCUCCAAGGCGGCCACACCAGCUCGCCACGUCGGCCAAGUUCAUGCAUGACCCGAGAGUUUGUGGCAGUGUGUUGGGAGGCGAUCUUAACGCCAUUCAGGACUUCGAUCGAAGCCUCCACUCGGACAACGACCUUCAAGACGCCUAUUUGAGCCUCGGUGGAAGGGAAGACAGUGACGGCGGAUAUACUUGGGGCCAGAUGGCAGCAGUCAGCCAGAGACAGAUGUUUGGGUGUAGCCGGAUGGACAAGUUGUUCUUCUGUGGGAAGCUUAAAUGCGAAACGUUCGAAAGGGUUGGCCUUGGUGUCGAAGUGGACGAGGACCAUGUCAAAAAAACCUUGGUCGAAGAGAGAGGCCUGGAAAGGGGCUAUGUCACGGAUCACGUUGGUGUCAAGGCAGAGUUCAGUGUCGUUGGACAAGGAUCCCAGGAGAAUGUCAAGGCCGUCCCAGAAACGUCCUAG